AUGGCAACACCACGCGCAGAAGAGGGGGCGGCGGUGACGGCCCCUUUGAUUGAAGAGGACAACAAAGCCAGCGGGGACUCUCUGGAUCCAGGUUCGGGUGCCAUUGGGUCUGAACCGGCACCGGAGAAGGAAGGAAGCCAACCGAACACCGACCCUGCUGUGGGGCAAGCCUCUGAAGAGCAGAACUCUGCGGAGGCAGCCCCUGAGGAAGGGGAGCAAAAGGAGGCGGAUGAAGCCACCAAGGAGGCGGAGGAAGCCACCAAGGAGGCGGAGGACACACCACCGGCGAAAGAGGAAAGUAAAAAUGCCGAGAUGGAUGAAGUCACUAAGAAACUUGUCGUCGAUCGCGUGGCAGCCGAGGAGCGCGUCAAACAUGCGAAGGCAGAAGUAGAUAGCAAGAUCAAGAAAGCGGCCAUCAUGGCCAUCGGCGUCAUGCUUCUGUUUGUUGCCCUUGGCAUGGCCCUGAUGUUCUGCUUCUCACCGCUCUACGGCUUCCUCGCUUUCUGUUUUAUUGUGGGCGGGCUGGUCACUGGCGUCAUCGGCCUGAUUUUCGUGUGCUGCAGAACCCGAGCUGGUACACUGUUCUAUCUUUUCCUGGUUCUCCUCCUUCUCGUCCUGCUUGUUGCCGUCUGGGCUUUCUAUGCCUUUAUGUUCUACAAGGCAACCCUUGUGGCUAUCGCGGCCGGAAAAGAUGAAGUCAACUCUUGGGUGGAGGACCAAACGAACAGUGUGAUCCCUGAGGGGCUCGGGGGGAGCUUCCCGAGUCUGAAACCUGGGGAGCUAGGUAGCCUUGUCGGUGGUCUGACUGGUGAUUUGCUCCCACCCGAAGGCGACAAACUUGAUGACGACAUCUUCGACUUAGGCGUCGCUGCCGAGAAGUUGGAGGCGUGCAAAGAAGGGAUAGAGGACGAUGGGACGAAGUACCUUGACAGCGUAACGUCUGUUUUCCUUGCACUGUCCUCAUACGGGCAGAUGUGCAGCUACUCGCACCGCAACAUCCUGCAAUUCAAGAAGUGGCAAUAUGGGUGCCGCGACGUCUGUGAAUUUCGGAUGCUGAACGUUGGCCACAAACUGACAAUGGAUAACGCCGAAGACCGGGCAGUCAUUAAGGCGUGGAAUGACAAGUUGGCAACCUUACCCAUCAAUCAGAAGUUUGCUUGCGCUGUGGAUGCGCUUAGCACUUCUUGUGCGGUGGAAAACUCGUCAUACGAGUACAUUUUGCUGGGCGUGAUUGGCCUGUUCUUGCUGGCGGGGUGCUGCGGAUGUGUGUGCUGCAUCCCUUCCUCCAUGAAGGCUACAACAGCGUAUUCGAAGGCGCUCAAGAAAUACAACGCCGCCCUUCGAGAAAGCGCAGAGGCGGCCAAGCGCGAAGCAGAAGCCAUGCCCUAG